UGAAUCAAGACCAUUACAGAGAGAAAGGCGGCCCUGCUGUGCAGUCAGUCAGUGUGCUGCUGCCAGUGUGAGAUGAGGCCGGGGGUGUGACUGUGUGUAACAUGGAGGCUGGCUUGUGUACCAUUUCCUCCUCCGCCGCCAUUUUGUGUCGGAGGCGCUGUUACUGAGAAACAGAGGGGAGAAGACGAGCGCGAAAACACAGUGUGCAUGAGCCGAGCCCAGGCGGCGCCGUGACAGAGGGACCCGCUCUACGCCCCACCGAGACCCGACAUUUGUCGUCCGGUUCCCUGAGAGGGCGGUGUAAGCAGCAGGAGCCGCCCGGGCUGCGCAGCUUCCGCUGUAGGUCACAAUGACUAACGAAGAACCUCUUCCAAAAAAGGUUCGUUUCAGUGAAGCUGAUUUCAAGCUUUUACCAAGGGAAGAGCUUCUUCAAAGGUGGAAGCAAUAUGAAGCAUACGUCCAAGCUCUUGAAAACAAAUAUACUGACCUGAAUUCUAAUGAUGUGACUGGACUUCGGGAAUCUGAAGAAAAGCUAAAGCAGCAACAGCAGGAGUCUGCUCGACGGGAGAACAUACUAGUAAUGAGAUUGGCUACGAAAGAGCAGGAGAUGCAGGAAUGCACGAACCAAAUUCAACACCUCAAGCAAGUCCAGCAGCCAAGUGUUGCCCAGCUGAGAACUACUAUGGUUGACCCAGCCAUCAACUUGUUUUUCCUCAAAAUGAAAGGUGAACUGGAACAGACUAAAGACAAACUGGAACAAGCCCAAAAUGAACUGAGUGCCUGGAAAUUUACGCCUGAUAGCCAAACAGGCAAAAAAUUAAUGGCGAAGUGUCGAAUGCUUAUCCAGGAGAAUCAGGAGCUGGGGAGGCAGUUGUCCCAGGGUCGUAUUGCUCAACUUGAGGCAGAGUUGGCUUUGCAGAAGAAAUAUAGUGAGGAGCUUAAAAGCAGUCAGGAUGAACUAAAUGACUUCAUCAUUCAGCUUGACGAGGAGGUGGAGGGAAUGCAAAGCACGAUCUUAGUUCUUCAGCAGCAGCUAAAGGAAUCCCGCCAGCAGCUAUCUCAGUUCCAGCAGCAGCAGUCUCAAAGUUCUGCUAACAGAACUCUUGCAGAGCCCAAAGAAGAAGGAGAAUCUACCAGUAAAGAUUGCAGUCGUCUGUCAAAUGGACCAAGCAAUGGUGGCUCUUCUCAUAAGAGAACUCACAGCUCUGUUGGGCAUUAUAGGGAGGGCAGUAGCGCAGAAGAAGACUUUCCUGUGUCUCCUGUGAAUGAGGGCAAGCUGUCAAACCACUCAGAGGAGAGAACUGGUAGAAGUGGAGGCAGCUUCUUGAAUCAGCUUAGUACUGGGUAUGAAAGUGUAGACUCACCUACUGGAAGUGAGAACUCUCUCACUCACCACUCUAAUGAUACAGACUCCAAUCAUGACUCUCUGGAGGAGAAACCAAGGAGUGGAAAGGGCAAAAGAACUGCGAGCUCCCGUCACAUUCAGAAUGGCUUGGACUCUGGUGCAAAUGUACAGGGUUCCAUUUUGUAAAAAGGAUUUUUUUUUCUUUAAUUUUUUUUUUAUUUUAUUUUUUAUACACUUUAAUUUCAGAGUUCAUACUGUCCAGGAAUAGUGCAUAUUUUGUCAUAAAGUUGCCGAGUUUUGUUUUGCAUUGUUGCUUAAUGUAAUACCUCUGCCAAUUUGAACGUUUUAACAGUUAAUUACAUUGCAAAUUGCAAAAAAAAUGCCAUUUGUGUGGACAGUUAUUUUUGUCAGUUAAUGAAAUGUUGAUUAAAGAUUAACAAUGUUGGAAAUUCACAUCAAUGAUGUCUGUACAACUGUUCAUCUAAAACUUGCUGUAUAAUGGCAUUCCUACCCAUGUUUCCAUCAUACUUAGACUUUACCAACACCUUGUCAUGGUACUGUGGGUUUGGCUGCCAAAAUUUGCCCAGUAAUGUAGUUUUAUCACAAAAAGUUGGACUAUUAGGAAAGUGCUCUGGUAGUUUCAUGUUUAAACAGUUUUAUUUUCCUCUUCCGCAAAUAUCUGUACAUACUACUUAUUUUCCUUCUUUAGAUGGCUGAAUGUUUGACACUUGUGUGCAGUUACUCAGUUUUUGAAACUGUUGUACCUUGUUUAUGCAUAUGACUGUGACUGCAAUAUUACCAUGCCUGUACUUACCAAACCAAAAUAAAGAUUUUUAAUAAUGUCA